AAUGGCGUUACGGAGAUUGUUAUAGCAACAAUAUAGGCGAAAACAACAUGGCGAUGUUAAUGCCGAUCUAAAACUAUUUUUGAAUUUUCUAAAAGAUGGAUCGACUGACUUUACAUCCAAGACCGAAGACUACGGAGAGGGAGAAAUGUCUACCUGCCGGUGACGGGCUACCAGCAUGGGAGUCACUCCCCUUGUAUUCUAAAUUCCCCAUGGUACCUAUUCCAAAGGGAUCCAUCAAACUUUGUACUACCAAGUUAUGCGAACCAAAACACAAAGUUGUUGACUUUGAAUUUGACCUAACUGAUCCAUACUGUCACGUGAUAUCAAAUGAAUAUCAACCACUGCAUGAUCCGCACCUGAAGAAUCACUUUAAUAUACCUCGCAUGCAGCGCCACCUCCGAAAGAACGGCUUCAUCACUGAAGAGGGGCAGGUAAUCUGUAAUCUCCGGGAGUUUAACCAAUAUAGACAGUACCUCCGGAAAAUAUGUCUCCUGGAAAUGGCCAAGGAACGAAAGGAGAUGGAGGAGGAGAGAAGACUCCGAGAAAUGUCUGGGGGAGAACAUCCGAGGAGACCCGAGUCCCGGGGGGAGCAGGUCCGCAGGAGACUGCAGCAGAUGAGGGAGGAAGCCAAAACCAGGAUUCAGAGGGAGAUUCAAGAGAAGGAAGUAAAACUGAAAAGGAGGCUGGAAGAAAUCGAGAUCCACAAGAGACUGAGAGAAUUCAGACGACGCCACAUCCUACAGAAGCGACGCGCAAUGGCGGCGGAGCACCUCGACAAGACGAUGAGGAAAAAUUUGAUUAUUACUCGCCGAUGGAAACAAAGAGAAAAACUCCGCAAGCUUCGACUGGAGGAAAGAAAAAGGAACAAACUCCUCGCAGACCAGAAAAAGAUUACGGAGAUGUGGAACACACGGCGGGAGGAACAAAUUCGGCGGAUGGCGGCGGAAAAUGAAAUCCGCCUGAUGGAGGAAAAGAGGAGAGAGAAAGACAUGGAGGCGCGGGACCGGAAGUUUAGUCAUCAGCAUGACAAACUCAGAGACAAACUGGAAGAGAUCCAGCGCCAGUCCAAGGAAGAACGAGAGAAGCGGGAACAGGGGCACAAAGCGAGGCUGUCCAGACGACUGGCUCUGAUGAAACUCAAGAUGGCGCGCAGGCGGAGAGGUAGACGUGACAGAUAUCGAUACGAGAGUCUGUGGGCGCUAGAGGACAUUCUCAGAGAAAUCUCGCUGUCUAAUCUCUGGUUCUCAGGGAAACAAUCCACUGGCCAGUUUCUGCAAUUGAUAAAUGAGGCACUGGACAUCGAAAUAAAGAAACUCGGCGAAGAAAUGCCUGGAUACCCUAACGAAAGAGAAAUAAACAGAAAAGCCAGGGAGAUUGUCGACUCCGUUCUUCACAAAGUCAAAACUGACGUCUACCCAGCAUAUUUACAAAUGCGGACUGAAGAACAGAAAGGCAAAGUAAAGUUUGGUAAAGACGACACGAUUCCCCCGAACCGCGAGGUUGACAGAGCUAUUCUUCGCCCCGUGAGUGAGCACGUGCUGACUCCUAUUCCCUCCCCUUUCCUCGUCAAGAGGUUCGCCAUGACGGAGAAGUCGUCGGAAAUGAAGCUGGUGGAGAACCUCCUUAAUCGUCUCCUUGACGACCUGAACAGAGGCCGGCUGACGGAGGAGGAGAUCAGUCAGCUGUCCCGGUACGCCAUGAACGUCGUCUCCUGUCAGCUGCACGCCGAGGAAUCCGAGUGGAUCGCGGAGGACGUGGUGGAGUUUACUCUGAAUAAGGUCCGCCACGACAUUAAAACUGGAGCCCUCCCUUACGAGGAAGUCACUGAAAUGGCAGCCAUUUUAGUUGGUCGAAAGAAAGAUGACAGCUUCUCGGAUAUCAGCAUUUCUUCAGAUGAUGAACACUUACAGAAGUUUAUAGACGAUACCAUAGAAUCCAUUGUCAAAGACCCCGACCUGGGCAGGGAUUCUCCCAUCCAUGACGCAAUGCUCGAUGAAUGGAUUAUAAACACACUGAAGGAAAUAACAGACGACAUUGACCAAGGCAGGCUCUCUAAAGGCAUGGUAGCAGAAAUGGUGUCCAUGAUGACAAGAGAAGACGUCGAACGUAAUGACAUCCAAACGCUGGCAUUGAGACCAUUCUUUGAGAAGAUCAUUGAUGAUCUUGAAAGUGGAGAGAGUACGUCGCUGUAUAAAGUAGUCCACGCAGUUGUGUCGUCCUAUCACGCCUACAAAGUCGGGGUACUGGAAUCUUAUGCCGAGCUGAUAAGUCUGAUCACAGAGAGGUUCAGACAGGCAAUUGAGAAAGAAGGUUUGAAAGAGUCUGAAACAAAUUUUGAUAACCUGCAAGAAGCUGCAUUAAAACUGACAUCCACUGCUUUAAGUCAUGUCAAAAUGAGUGAGAUUGUCACGAGCCUAACUGAUGUAUUUAAGGAAGUCGGGUCCGAAACAAUGGUGUUUGAUCUGACUAUUGAAACCAUGAUUGAAAAUGCUAAACAUUCUGUCAUGCAGUCGGAUUUAAUGACGCUGGAGAGAAUCGCAAAUUCAAUGACAGCUGCGUUGCAAAAUCUUCCUGCCAUGAAACAUCGAGAGGAGAAGGCGUUUGAAGCUGAUCAGGCCCUCCUUCGAAACGUUACAAAUCUGGUGGUCAGAGUGUUGAAAGUUGUUGGGAACAGACUUGAAAGCGACGGGUUCACCGCUGAUGAUGUACAGGACAUGACAAAAAUUUUCUCGACAAUCGUGAGUGAGAAUAUUUCACCAACCGAAGGAGUUUCUAAAGAAGAGAUGCUAACGAAACACAUAUCCGAAUUACUAGGCAUCUUUGAAACAGGAUCACUUGACGAAAAAGAGUUAUUUGAACUUGGAAGUUCAUUAAUUAAUUGCGGAAACAGGUUAUUGCAGGGAAGAGAACCUUUUAAUUCUUCUUCAAGUGUCCCCAGAAAGCCAUCCUUAACAAGUUCCGCUGUAGCCGCUGAUGUUUUAUCACACAUUCUGUAUUCAAUCCAAGAUGAAUUGCAUAAAAGUCUGAUCACAAAAGACGCCAUAAAAGAAUUAGCUUUGUGCAUUCUGAAAACGAGAUUAUCUAGAGAUUUUUACGAAAGCACUACACUGAAUACGUCUACAAGAGAAUCUCCGACCAUCUCGGACACGAAAAUUGAAUUUGCCAAGGACACAUUGAAAGAGAUGUUAAGCGAUUUCAAGCUCGGGGAAGCUGGGGAAAACGACCUGUCCUCCGUGGCAUGGUCAGUAGUGUCUCUUUUCUCUGAAACUUUGCCUGAUGAGCACAAAGAAAAGGUUGACAAAAUGGUGGAGAAGGUCAUACAGUUAUUACAGGAAGACAGCUUAUCGAAGACUGACGUCAAGAAGGUAUUUUCCACUGUCCUUCAAACUUACUUUUUUGCAGCAGAUGACGAAAUUCAGACUUCCUCUGAUUUAGAAGACAUCGACUCUCAUUUGGCCUACAACUUAGUCAAGGAAACAAUAGAUAAAAUAGAGCGAGACGUUGUCAGCGGACGUCUCAGCUCAAAAGACAUCUUAUCAGUUGUAGAUGAUUCAAGGGAGAAAGACAUAUUCAACCUCAGAAGUCAUUGUGAUGUUGUGAACCUGACUCUAGCAAUAAUGCAGCAAUUCCUUCUUGAUCUGAACUCCAAAAAUACAACAAAGGAAUUAGUAAAACAGUUUCUGUCUUCUGCAUUUGGUUUGGAUAUUUCACCGGAGGAAACCGUUCCGAUGAUUAGAAUUAGCAUCCGAAAAAUUAUGAAAGACAUUAGGAAAAACCGAGAAAAUUCUAAACAUAUUCAGAACUUAGUUUGUGCUUUCUCAUCGAAGGCGUUUUCAAAAGAGGGGAAAAUUUCAAUGAACAAGGCAGUGAAUCUCUUGCAAUGCGCUGUUCAGAAUGUGCACCCCAGUAUCAUGACUGACUUCAUUCGUCUGACGAUGCAGACACUCAUCAAUGACUGCAUUGAGCAUCAUGAAGAGGAAAUUGAAAGUGUUCAACAAGGAUACAUUCUGCAGUCAGCAUCAUCCACCAUAGCGAAUAAAGUGGUGGACAACUUACUUCAGAGAAUAGGAACCAUGCUGAAGGCUGGUGACAAGAUGAAGUCCACUGAACACCUCCUUUCUGAUGAUGUUGUCUUGAGUAGGUCUGACCUCUCCAGCGUUCCGUCUGAGGAAAUGAAUGCCCUCAUACUGGAUACUCUUAAUAACAUCAUCAGUAAUCUGAAACUGGAGAACUCCCUUGAACCCGAGGACGACAUGCUUCUUAGACAUUCUAGCUCUCAGAUUAUUCACGAUUUUGUUCUAGAAAAGUUACAACAUAUUGUAGAAAGUAUGCAAGACAAACUGGAAGAUAUAAAUGAAGUGAAAGAAAGCUCCGAAUCGCCGUUGCAUACAUCACCAGUAUUCAUCGACGACGUGGAAGCUAAAAAGGUGAUAAGUGAAUCGCUAAAAGCCGUCAUAAGCGAUCUGACUACAGAGGUGGAACGAUCAAAAACUAAAAGCACUGAAAAGUCGACCUCGACAGCGUCACUGGAGGCUGAAGCAAUAGUUGUGGAGACCCUCCAUGGAAUCAUAAAUUUUUGCGAGGAAGAAGGUAUUGCAAUGUCCGAAAACGAUGCCAAAAUGAAAGAGCAUUUGUUGUUCAUCUUACAGAGUUUCAAGGACGAUAUGUAUACAAAUGUGGCUGUUCACAAUGCACUUCAAAACAUUUUCCAUUCAGUUAUCACUCCCUCACAAAAUGAAAAUAAAAAUGACGAACAGUUAGAAUCGGCUUUGGAUGUUAUCAUCGAAAACAUUAAGACUGGAAGUAUACACGUAGCAGAUGUGUUUCAGAAAAGCAACUCAGGAAAUGGUGUCGAAAAGGACAGUUUGUCCAGUGUUAACGAUGUUACAGUGAGACCAAGUCUAAGUCUACAAAAAAUGACAGACAUGACAAAAGAAAUAACCAGUCUCUAUGAAAAUGUCCAUCCUUCUCAAGGAAAACUAGAUGAAGAAUCAGAUCGUAGCAUCAAGAAUCAGGUCACCAGCGAAGUCAAAGUGAUUGCAACAGAAGUUCUUGAAAAAACAAUCGAUAACAUUCAGCAUAAACAGCUGAGUAUGGAGGAGCUAAAAACCCUUGCGUUAGCCAUUGAUUCCAACGAGGAUCACCAUAUCUCUCAUGUCCAGUUGAUGGAAAGGUCGGUUGAAGAAAUGAUUGUACAUGUUUUGAAAAACGCAGUAGAAGAUCUUAGAAUUAGUGGAAUUGAUCCAGAAGAUUUGCCGACUGUAACAAAAAGCAUCUUCCGUGUGAACGUUAACAGAGAGGCAGGGGCGGGUGGUAGCAUUUCUCAUGCGUCCGCUGUGCCAUCUGAAGUGAUAACAGGAAUGGUAACAACGGUACUGAGUAAGAUCGCCACGAAUCUAUCGGAAGAGAGUAUUAAGUUUACAAAGGUACAGAGUAGUCAGGAGGGCAUACAACAGAGUGUCUCAGAAAAAUUGGAGCUAGAAACAGAAAGACUGUCCCAGGAUAAUGUGAAUCCAAAUGCCGCCAAACGUUUGUCUGUCCACUCACUUGAGGACAACAUAGGACCACAGAAGCGGACGACGCCAACACCAGCUGUCCAAUCCGCACAUGAUAUUAAGAACAGAGAGCGUCGACACAGAAACAGUUACAGUAAGGAGAGGUGCAUGGGGAAUCCUCCAAAUAAAGAGAUGUCAAAACCCAAAACACCAUCUAAAUAUGGACAAGGACAGAAAUUAAUUACUAAGGCGUAUAGGCCGCCGAUGGAGAAGGAAAUAAAGGGGCCUUGUUCUAAGAAAGUUGGGUGUACAAGCACUCCAAAAGGAUCACCACAAAAGGCGACCAAAAUAAGUGAAUCUGGGUCUAAAAUUCGUCAUUAUACUGAGAAUAAAUCUAAAACUAUGACAGCUGAGCAGCGCGGUAGAAACCCAAGCAGUGCUGUUACAGAUAAAGAGCUUCCACAACAAGUGUAUUCCUUGUGGGGUUCCUUCAAAUUAGCCGUUAAAAAUGUGAAUAAUGAUUCAAAGAAAUGAAAGUGUAUUGUAAACUCGAAGUAGUACCGACAUUACUCUUCUGAUGCCAUUACUUAAGUGUGUAAUUCAUUCAAUAUGUGUCACAUCUUCUACGUCAUAUGCGAUUCAUUAUGAAACAAGUAAAUCAUUUAAGAAAUAAAAAAA